AUGAUGUCCGCCUUCACUGCGCAUGCGCCCUCGGGCCGCGGAACGGGCGCAGACUCCGUAGCCAUUUUGCCCACCCACCCAUCUCCUCAGCCAAUCCAAGACCGCAAGGAUGUGAUGGACAGUCUAUACUCGCCAGUAAUUGAGGUCCGGAGGCGGGAUCUGGGGGGGCCGUCGGGAGCCCUAGAAGGUGAGGAGGCUCGGAGCCCGGCCUCCGUCCCAGCCAAGCGCACCGGGCGCUCGCUUGCUGUGCAAGGCGCUUGGUUCGCGGCGGUCCCUGGCCCUGCUCCGGCCGCCACCCGCGCCGAGGACGGGGCGGCCCCCGGGAAGCCGAGCAGCGGGCUCGGGGCCACAAGGACUUUAGAAAGCGAGACCCGGGAAAGAGAACCUCACUGGGCCUCCACUCCCAGGCCCAGCGGAGAGGCCGCCGCCUCCAGGAAGCCUCCAGGGCGCCUUCUGCGUGUGGACCCAGCUGAGGGGGCAGAACAGGGUGCUGGCCAGGUCUCGCUGGUCAGCUCGUCCUUCGUGCUCAAGGGGGACGCGACGCACAACCAGGCGAUGGUGCACUGGACCGGCGAGGACAGCAGCGUCAUCCUGAUCCUGACCAAGUACUACCACGCGGAUAUGGGGAAGGUGCUGGAGAGCUCGCUGUGGCGGUCGUCAGACUUCGGGACGUCCUACAGCAAGCUCAUGCUGCAGCCGGGCGUCCCCACGGUCAUCGACAACUUCUACAUCUGCCCCACCAACAAGCGGAAGAUCAUCCUGGUGAGCCCCUCGCUCAGCGACCGCGACCAGAGCCUCUUCCUCAGCACCGACGAGGGGGCCUCCUUCCAGAAGCAGCUCAUCUCCUUCUUUGUGGAGACGCUGACCUUUCACCCCAAGGAGGAGGACAAGGUCCUCGCCUACACCAAGGAGAACAAGCUCUACGUGUCCUCUGACCUGGGGAAGAAGUGGACGCUGCUACAGGAGCGUGUGACUAAGGAUCAUGUGUUCUGGGCUGUGACAGGCGUGGACCUGGACACUGACCUGGUACACAUGGAGGCCCAGGACCCAGCUGGAGGCUUCCGCUACGUCACCUGCCGUAUCCACAACUGCUCAGAGAGGACGCUGGUCACACCUUUCCCUGGCCCCAUCGACCAGGGCUCUCUGACCGUGCAGGAUGCCUACAUUUUCUUCAAGGCAACCUCAACAAACCGGACCAAAUACUACGUCUCCUAUCGCCGAGGCCCGUUUGUCCAGAUGAGGCUGCCCAAGUACGCCCUGCCCAAGGACCUGCAGAUCAUCAGCACGGACGAGAGCCAGGUGUUCGUGGCCGUGCAGGAGUGGCACCAAGGGGACACGUACAACCUGUACCAGUCGGACCCGCGCGGUGAGCUCUACUCCCUGGUGCUGGAGCACGUGCGGAGCUCUCGGCAGGCCGAGGAGGACGUGCUGGUCGACAUCCUCGAGGUGAGAGGGGUGAAAGGCGUCUUCCUGGCCAACCAGAAGCUGGACGGGAAGGUGAUGACGCUCAUCACCUACAACAAGGGCCGAGACUGGGCCCACCUGCAGCCGCCUAGCACCGACCUCAACGGGAAGCCCACCAACUGCCAGCCGCCAGACUGCUACCUCCACCUGCACCUGCGCUGGGCAGACAACCCCUACGUGUCGGGCACUGUGCACACCAAGGACACAGCCCCGGGCCUCAUCAUGGGGGCAGGCAACCUGGGCUCGCAGCUGGUGGAGUAUAAAGAAGAAAUGUACAUCACUUCAGACUGCGGGCGCACCUGGAGGCAGGUGUUUGAGGAGGAGCACCACGUGCUGUUCCUGGACCACGGCGGGGUCAUCGUGGCUGUCAAGGACACGUCCAUCCCCCUGAAGGUCCUCAAGUUCAGCGUGGACGAAGGCCACACAUGGAGCACCCACAACUUCACCAGCACUUCGGUGUUCGUGGACGGGCUGCUGAGUGAGCCAGGGGACGAGACACUGGUCAUGACGGUCUUUGGCCACAUCAGCUUCCGCUCGGACUGGGAGCUGGUCAAGGUGGACUUCCGGCCCUCCUUCCCCCGGCCGUGCAGAGAGGAUGACUACGCCUCCUGGGAGCUCCGUGACCUGCAGGGCGACCGCUGCCUCAUGGGCCAGCAGAGAAGCUUCCGGAAGAGAAAGGCUGAGUCCUGGUGCAUCAAGGGGCGGGGCUUCACGUCGGCCCUCACGUCCCGCGUGUGCGAGUGCAGGGCUGCGGACUUCCACUGCGACUAUGGCUUUGAGCGCGCCCUGGCCCCAGAGCCCGGCCCCAGCAAGUGUCUGGCCAACUUCUGGUUUGACCCGGCAUCCCCUCCAGACGGCUGUGCCCUGGGGCAGACAUACCGCACCAGCCCCGGGUACCGGAAGGUGGCGUCCAAUGUGUGUGAGGGCGGUGUGGACCCUCAGCGUGGUGCAGGGCCCCUCCAGUGUCCCCUCACGCCACCCCGGGGCCUGCGGGUCAGCAUCCUGGGCCAGGCCGUGUCCGUGCGGCCAGGAGAGGACGUGCUGUUUGUGGUGCGGCAGGAGCAGGGCGACGUCCUGACCACCAAGUACCAGGUGGACCUUGGGGACGGCUUCAAGGCCAUGUACGUAAACCUCACACAGAGCGGGGAGCGUGUGCGGCACCACUACGAGAGCCCGGGCGUGUACCGCGUUUCCGUGCGGGCGGAGAACGCGGCUGGGCAGGACGAGGCCGUCCUCUUCGUCCAGGUGAACUCCCCCCUACAAGCCCUCUACCUGGAGGUGGUCCCCGCCAUUGGCAUCAACGAGGAGGUGACCCUCACGGCCGUGCUGUUGCCUCUGAAUCCAAACCUCACCGUCUUCUACUGGUGGAUCGGACAUAGCCUGCAGCCCCUGCUGUCCCUGGAGAGCUCGGUGACCACGCGGUUUGCAGAGGCAGGGGAUGUUCGGGUGACAGUGCAGGCCGCCUGUGGCAGCUCUGUGCUGCAGGACUCCAGGGUGAUCCGCGUGCUGGACCAGUUCCAGGUGGUGCCCCUGAGGUUUUCCAAGGACCUGGAUGCCCACAACCCCAACAUCCCGGAGUGGAGGGAGGACGUCGGCCUGGGGGUCACCCGGCUCGUGUCUAAGGAGACCAGUGUCCCCGAGGAGCUGCUGGUGACCGUAGUGAAGCCCGGGCUGCCCACCGUGGCCGACCUGUAUGUGCUCCUGCCCCCUCCUCGGUCCACCAGGAAGAGGAGUCUCACGGACGACAAGAGGGUCCUGGCCAUCCAGCAGGUGCUGAAGGCCCAGAGGAUCAGCUUCAUCCUGCGUGGUGGGGUCCGCGUCCUGGUGGCCUUGCGGGACAUGGACACAGUGUACGGAGAGGUCCCACCUCCCCGCCAGCCCAGCCCCCGAGGGGACCCUCACCGCCAGAGCAGGAAACGCCCUGGCAGGACUGUGUACGCGCAGAUGCACAACGAGAAGGAGCAGGAGAUGACCAGCCCCGUGAGCCACAGCGAGGAUGCCCAGGGCACUGGACAGGGCAAUCAUUCGGGCGUGGUCCUGAGCAUCAACUCCCGCGAGAUGCACAGCUACCUGGUCAGCUGAUGCCCCCAGCCACGGACUCUCCUCACUGCUGUGUCCCUCCUGGGGAGGCCACCCUUGAGGGCUGACAGACACUCCUCUGUCCGGCCCCACCGCCCACUCACCAGAUGGGCUCCGAGCUGUGGCUCAGACACCGGAUCCCCUGGAUGCACUGGACGCCAGACACCUGGACACCACGGACGCUCUGGUCGCCCAGCUGCCCCUUCGAAGCUCGGCUGAGGCUGGGCGUGCCCCCCUCCAGGGUCUAGGGUGUUAGGUGCCCUGAGUUCCCACUUGCUGCUCCAGACUGUAGAGGUGGCUAGGGUGCCCCAUCCUCGCUCUCCCUCAGCCCUGCCCCACCCCACUGACCCUCUGUGGGAGAGGGGACUCCAGGCCUCCCCUCCUGACAGCUGCGCCCCACUUCUCCCACCCCCUCUAUCUAACCUGUCCACCAGAGAGGGCCUCUCUGGGGGCAUCGUGGAUACGAGUUGGGCUGUCAGUUUGAAACCACCAGCUGCCCUGAGGGAGAAAGAGGAGGCUCUCUCCUCCUGGGGGGCUCAGAGUCCCAGAAGCCCACAGGGGCGGUUCCACCCUGCCCUCCGGGGUCGCUGUGAGUCUGGGUGACUGGGUGGCGGGGAGGGCCCUGUCUGGGGUGUGUGAGCCAGGACAGCUCCCAGUAGCCUUGCCCGAGUUCAUCCUUGGGAGCUCCUUGGAUGGUGCCCAGGCUUCCUCCUCCUGCUGUUCCCCCCACCCCACUGUGCCCUCCCAGGCUCCUCUGCCAGGGCAGGAGGCUCAAGAGGCACCCCGCGUCCUGCUCUUCUGAGUAGCCAGGAGAGACCCAGAGACCAUGCCUCCACUUGAAAAUGGGGAAACUGAGGCACGCCUGUGAAACAGGACACCUCUCUGCUUGCCCCCCUCCAUGCUGGAAAUGGGCCCCCAGAUGCCUACCGUUGUUGGGAGCCAGGGACCCCACACCUUGCAAAGGGAUGCACCCUCCUCCCUGCCUUGACUCUGCUCCUCACCCCCCUCCUGCUUCUCCUACUCCCCACCCCCCACAGGACUGCCUUGCUCCCUCCUUCAAGGAAGGCAGCCUCAGACUUGUCCUGGGAGUCCCCACCUCCUGCCCCCCCCCUAAGGUGGCCCCACCCCUUCCUCUCUGAGGUAGACAGGAAGGCCCUGCAGGGCGGGCACUGAGCACCCGUCCAUGUGAGCCCCCAGUUCAGUGCCCGCAGCCACAGGGUAUCGCUGUGCUCCUGGUGAGCCCCCUCAAGGCCCCCUCAAAUCCUGUGGGCCCUGACGAGGGGCCAGGAGUGGAGAGCCAGAUAGGCAGGCCUGGGGAGUGGCUGUGAUCCACGGGGCCCUCACGGUAGCCCCCACUCACCUGCUCAUGGUCUUCCAAAAGCCCAACCCCAGGGCCCCUGCCUCCCACCUGCCCACAGCUCUUAGCAGGAACCACCCCCACCCAGCACCCAACCCCCCUACGUAUGAGACGCACACCAGACACCUGAGCCAACACACUCCAGGUGUGAAGUCAUCAGAAUCUUCUAGAAACACCGCUCCCCGCACCCACAGCUUGCCAGGGCCUGUGGGUGGGUGACCAAGUCAGGUCUUGGGCCCUCGAGAUGACCCCUCUCAGCUGUGUGGUCCCUCGGUGACCUGUGUACUCUGGCACAUCACGUGGGUACCACUUGUCAAGCCCCUGGGGCAGGGCUGCUCCUGAUAUACCCUUAGUCAUGGCCCCCCAUUACGUCAACCCACAGGAAGGGAAGCAGGUGGGUGACUGCACCUGUGAUGUACAGGGAGCUACAGAGACGCCUGGGACUGACCUCGUCUGCUGGAAGCCCUUGUGGGGUGUCCGGGGGCGGGGGGGGGGUUCCCAUGGG